UGAAAAAAUGUGCUUCCAGUUUACUAGUUUUUGCAUGAUUUCAUUAUAAUCAUUGUUUUAAGUGUACUGUUUAUUUUUAAUACUGAUUGAAUGUAUGAUUAAUUACUGUUAUCUGCUGAAAACUGAAAUGGUAAAAUCAUAAAAAGUGAAACUAUUUGCAUUAUCUAUGGAUUUCCAGAAAAAAAUCACAAGGAAUUCAAAACUGGCCAUUUGUCCAGAAUGUUCACAACAGUUCAUAUUGAAAGAUUAUUUGAAGAAGAAGAAGCAGCCGCUGCUGAUUGGCUGUGGGCAUUCAGCUUGUGAGAGCUGCAUUCGUUCAGCGGUGACUGCCAAGAGGGACAUUGUAUGCAAGUUUUGUGGCUUUACCAAACCGUUUGAACCGGAAAUGGCUGAUGAUUUGCAGAAUUUUUUCCCCAUUGAUCAGUUCACCGUUGGCAGAUUGAUCAGGGGAUCUUCAAUAGGAAUCUAUAACUCGGUUGAGUUGAGAAAAAAUUUUAAAAAGACACAGGCUUCGACGAAAAGUAAGUAUUCUCCAAUUCUACCAAUUUUCUCACUUUCAUUGAAUACUAUCCCACAAACAUUAAGGGUCGGUUUCCGAGCUUGGGAGAGUCCAGGACGAAAAUAAGCGCUCGGGUCUAAAUCGACUUAACGAGUCACGGGUUUAUCUUCUA